AUGAAACAACCAUCAUCAAAUCAUUCAAAACUAUCACAAUCCAAAAAUUCACAUAUUUUAUUUGAAAAUUCAGAUCUUGUUGGAUCUGAAGAUAUACAACUUAGUGAUUUAAGUUCAAAAUCUGCUAAUACUAAUAAUAAUAGUAUCAGUGAUUCCAUAUCAAGUAAUACAACUCCUUCUAUAUCAAAAAUGUCAAGUACUAGUUUAUUACAUGAAAAUGAACAACACUCAGAAAUAAAUUUUGAUAUAGAUUUAGAAGAAGAAAAUGAUGAAGAAAUUUUGAAUUUAUAUAAAGAUAAUAAAUUAUCUACAAAAAUUAAACGAUUUUUUUAUAGAUUAUGGAAAGGUCCUAUUGAAGCAAAAGAUGAAUAUGCACCAAGAAUAAAUAAAUUGAAAUAUUUUGAAGAAUUACCAGAUAAAUUUAAUGAAAGAAUUCCCCUAUUGUAUAAAAGAUUACUACUAUCGACAUAUUUAAUUUUUUGGUUUGGAUUAAUUUAUACAAUUUUAAUUCCUUAUUUUACAAUUCCUCCUUAUUCACCUCAAGAUCCAAAUACUCAUAUAUAUUCAUUAUCAUGUUCAUCAGAUUCUCAAUUUUGGAAUGGUAAAAAUACAGCAUGUGGAUUAAAUGGUGAAUUAUGUCCUGAAAUUUUAAAACAUAAUGACAAAGAUAAAGAUAUUAUAAUACGAUGUCCUGCAUUAUGUGAUAGAGGAAGUUGGACUUAUUCAUUAAUACCAAUUGGAAAUCAAAGAAUAAAACAUCGUGGUUAUUUUAUAGGUGGUGGAGAUCAAAUACCACCCGGAAAAAAAAUUGAUAAAAAUCAAAUUACAAAUCCUUAUAGAGCUGAUUCUUUUCCUUGUGGUUCUGCUAUUCAUGCUGGAAUUGUAUCACCUAUAUGGGGUGGAUGUGCUAGAAUGUCUUAUAAAAGUGCGAAUCAACCUUAUUUUAAUUCAACAAAAGGUCAUUAUGGAGUUGAUGAUUCAAUAAGUUUUAAAUCAUUUUUUAAAUCUUCAUUCUUUUUCAAAAAUUUGAAAUCUGGGGGUGGUGAUCAAUUUGUUCAAUGUACUGAUCCAAGAAUUAUAAUAUUAAUUAUAAACAUAUUAUUAGGUAUUCCAAUAGUUUAUUUAUCAAAUGGAGCUGUAACUUAUUGGGUGACUAAUAUAGUUGGAUUUUGGACAAUUUGUUUAGCUACUGAUCCUCCAAUAAAUGUUGAUGCAACAAAUCCUCAAGAUUUUGCAUAUUUAAUAUCAAUUGGGUUGGAGAGAUUUUUACCAACUUGUUCUAUUUUAUAUAUAUUAUGGCAUUUUUCAACAAAAAGAACAUUAUCCGCUACUUCAGAUGUUAAAAUUUCUUAUUUAUCAAGAUUAUUUUUAUUUUAUCCUUUAUUUUGGUUAGGAGUAUUAAAUAAUGUAACAUUUGAUAGAUUACCUGUUGAUAGAUUAACUGUAAAUGAUUUGAAAGAACAAUCUGGUGCAAUAUUAGCAGUUUCUGGAAUUAUUAUAACUAUAACUACAUGUGGCUUUAUACAAGCUUAUAAAAUUUGGUUAUCUGGUAGAUUUAAAAAAUAUUUAUUAAUUUAUUCUAUUUUUGUUAUUGGAUUAAUCUUUUUAGCAGGUAUUCCAGGUUUGACAUUAAGAGUUCAUCAUUAUAUUUUAGCUAUGUUAUUGAUUCCAGGCUGUGCAACAAGAGGUAGAACAGCAUUAAUGUUUCAAGGUAUAUUAUUAGGAUUAUUUUUAUCAGGAGCUUCAAGAUGGGGAUUAGCUGCAAUAGCAGAAACUAUAACUUCUUUAAAAAGAGAUGAUCCACAAGGUACUUUAAUUCCACCAAUUUUAACAAGUUAUGAUAUUCAAACUGGUGAAUUAAAUUGGGAAAAUAUACCUACAAAUAUAACAACUACAUUAACUACUGUAUAUGAAAAAUAUUCAUCAAUUUCAAUAUUAAUUAAUGAUAUUGAACAUUUAAUUGUAGAUAAUUCAUCAUCAGUUAAUUUUAAACAAUUAUUAACCAACACGACUAAUCCUAUUUAUACAUGGGUACAAGAUGGUCUAAAAAAUGGUUUAAAAGAUUUAAAUGGUGAUAUACCAAUAUUUAUUAGAAUUGGUCGAAAAAUUCCAAAUACUAAAAUAUAUAGUGAUUUUUCAAAUGCUGCAAUUUUAAAAUGGCCAAGUGGUGAAUUAACCUUACAAUCUCCCGGUAUGACAUAA